GCCCGGCCCACGGGCGGGAGACGGGGCAGGCGGGCACACCCCGCCCUGGCACGCCCGGCCCGGGCUCGGGCGGAGGCGGCGCGGUGACUGCUCGGGCGGCGGAGGGCGCCGCCGGGGCCGGGAGCCCAGGCGCGGUGCAGCGCUCGGCCCUCGGCGCCCGGGGUUCUGCGGAUCAGGAGUUGGAACCCAGUAUCUUCCCCUCCUCUGAGCCCCGCCUCCUCCUGCAGGACAGAGCUCAAUAGAACUUCGUUGUUUUGCCUUUUACUCCAGGGGAAAAGAAGCAGACGAUGAGGAGAAAAUAAUGAAUGUCAAAGGAAAAGUAAUUCUGUCAAUGUUGGUUAUCUCCACUGUGAUUGUUGUGUUUUGGGAAUAUAUCAACAGCCCAGAAGGCUCUUUAUUGUGGAUAUAUCACUCCAAAAACCCAGAAGUUGGUGGCAGCAGCACUCAGAAGGGCUGGUGGUUUCCAAGCUGGUUUAGCAAUGGGACCCACAAUUAUCAAGAAGAGGAAGAAGAAGACACAGACAAAGAAAAAGGCAGAGGAAAAGCACGAAGAAAGGAAGAUGAUAAAGAAGAGCUGCAGCUAUGGGACUGGUUUAAUCCAGAGAAACGCCCGGAGGUUGUGACAAUGACCGAAUGGAAUGCGCCUAUUGUGUGGGAAGGCACUUAUAAUGGAGCCGUCCUGGAAGAUUAUUAUGCCAAACAGAAAAUUACGGUGGGGUUGACAGUUUUUGCUGUUGGAAGAUACAUUGAGCAUUACUUAAAGGAGUUCAUAACAUCUGCUAAUAAGUACUUCAUGGUUGGCCACAAAGUCAUCUUUUACAUUAUGAUGGAUGACCUCUCCAAGAUGCCUUUGAUAGAGCUGGGUCCUCUACGCUUCUUCAAAGUGUUUGAGAUCAAGCCUGAGAAGAGGUGGCAGGACAUCAGCAUGAUGCGCAUGAAGACCAUCGGAGAGCACAUCACUGCCCACAUCCAGCACGAGGUCGACUUCCUCUUCUGCAUGGAUGUUGACCAGGUCUUCCAAGACAAUUUUGGGGUAGAGACCCUGGGCCAGUCGGUGGCUCAACUCCAGGCCUGGUGGUACAACAAAUAUCCGUACCAGUUUACCUAUGAGAGGCGGAAAGAGUCAGCAGCAUACAUCCCAUUCGGUGAGGGGGAUUUUUAUUACCACGCGGCCAUUUUUGGAGGAACACCCAUGCAGGUUCUGAACAUCACCCAGGAGUGCUUUAAGGGAAUCCUCCAGGACAAGAAAAAUGACAUAGAAGCUGAGUGGCAUGAUGAAAGUCACCUAAACAAGUAUUUCCUUCUCCACAAACCCACUAAAAUCUUGUCCCCAGAAUACUGCUGGGAUUAUCACAUAGGCCUGCCUUCAGAUAUUAAAAUUGUCAAGCUAUCUUGGCAGACAAAAGAGUAUAAUUUGGUUAGAAAUAAUAUCUGACAUCAAAUUGUGCCAGUAGGCUUCUGAAUUUGAGAGAGUAUUAUUCUGGCUGCUUCCUCAGAAAAGUAACAAUUUUAACUUUAAAAAGUACUAACAAAACACCAACACGGCAAAUGUAUAUUCCUCCUUGUAACUUUGAGCCUUGUAAUAUAGGAGAAUGAAUCAAUGGUAAUCAUAUGUAAAUUCCCAGUGAUUUCUUAUCUAUUCUGGGUUUGGGAGAAAUACUAUCAGCUGAACCAAAAAAAAAAAAUUGUCAUACGCAUAAAAUAAGCCGGAAACACUCGACAGGUGCCAGAUAAUGUACUGGAGAAAAGGGUGCUAACGGAAGGUUUGGCAACAAGAUACUGUUAUGGGGGUUUGUCCCUUUGAUUUCAAUGUCUUCCUGAUUUUGAGGGGGUCUAAAGCAAUGCAGAGUUGCUUCACAGCUGGAGAACUCUUAGUAAGGACACCAUCUACCCUGGCAACCCUCAAAGUCUUAAACAGCAGAUUGCUUCAGGCUAUCUAUAGUCCAUGUCCUUUUCUCAUCAGGAUGUUGUUUGGCUCCUGUGUGAAAGACUGGUGGAAAUUCCCAGUGAACAUCAUGGUGGUGAAUUUCAGAGUUCCAGGGAAUAUGAAUGAGCCAGUGGCUGCUCAGCAUGAAGUGAAAACAAAGUUUCAACAUGGGUUUGCAACGUGAUAUAGCAAAGAAGAGGAAAGAAAGUGGAAAGGAAGGGGCUCUUCUUCACUGUGGGGCAGUGCCACCCUGGAGGGACACAGGGUCCAGUGUCGGUGCUUAAAUGUAUCGUGGAUCCAGGCACUGAAUGGGAGGCAAUGUAGAUGAUCUCCAGCCUCCUGGCCCUCAUGACUAACAGAGCAGCAGGAACUUGAAUAGAAGAUGCUUCUUGUUUUGCCCAAGUUAUAUUCAGUCUACCAGACUCCGCAACUGGUGGCUUCAGAUCCUUGGUAAAGGGGUGUGGAUGGUGUCAGAGAAGGCAAAGGCCCAAUGUGGAUUUGAAGAGGCUUGCAGGGAGUUACAUUUCCAGGACUUGGGCUUCAUCUGAGGACAGUCAUCAGCUGGCCCUACCACCCGCUCUAAGACUCAGGGUCCCUCAGCCUGUCAUGCCCUGACUUGAAGGGCUGAGAUCAAGGAGUGGAACAGAGGAACAGCCCCCUACUAAGUAACUUCUCAUUUCCCCCUGUGCCAUCUGCACUAUGGAAGUGUAACAACCAGACAUAUUUAACAAAACAGUAAAUUGAUUUUAUAACAAAGGCAAUGGGAAACCCAGUCCUUAUGACUGAACAGCUUAACAUUCAAUUCCCUUCUCUAAAAGAAGCUGUGAAAUCCUGCAUAUUAGAGUGAAGCAAGUCAAUGUAAAGGAAGUUAGGAGGCAACAUUUACAUAGUCACAUAUAUGCUCAUGCAUCACUUAAGGAGGGAUUCGUUCUGAGAAAUGCAUCGUUAGGCAAUUUCAUCAUUGUGCAAACAUCAGAGAGCGCACUGACACAAACCUAGACAGCAUAGCCUACUACACACUUAGGAUGUAAGCUCCAGCCAUCAUAAUUGGCCAUAACGUCAUUAGGUGGUGCAUGACUAUUUAUGUUUUGCUUGUGUUCCAGUUUAGGUCAUUUGUUUCUACUUUCAAGCAAUUUAUUUGAAAAGCCAUUGCACUGGCUUGAUGUACAAGGCGAUGGGCUUCUUUGAUAAAACAAAACCUGCAUUUCAUCUGCCCUUUCAUUGUGCCUCCUACUCUUCAAUUCUUGCCAAAAAAAAUCUCACAUCUAACAAAACAAAACUCCUGGAUUAGUGGGCUUUGAAAAAGAAAAAGGAGAUAACAUGUCAGUUAAGAAUCUUGCUUCUCUAUUACUCAAGUUGUCUUGGAUCCAAUCUGGACGAGUGUGAGUUUAAUGGUUUAAAUCCUGAAACAAAGAAAUGAUCUAUCCUGAAAGUUUAGAGAACAGAGCUGAUGUUUACUUUUGAGGGAAUUUCUUGAUUUUUUAAAAAUUCAUUUAAAUUUAAAUCCCAAUGGAUGAAUUCAAGAUCUCAU